AGGACAAGGCUCCAGCCUUCUGGUUUUCGUAACAGUAGCCCCCUCCAGUAGCGUUGAGGCAUGGGAGGAGCUUGCCCAAACUCAAAUAAACACUGACAUGCAGCAUCUUAUGGGGAUGUGCAGCCUCCAAGGACACACUGCAACAGCUGGAAGGACAAGGACUGAAACUCUCUGGCAAGAUGAUCAAGUCCUUCAAGCAAACAUUUCUGUCCCUGGACCUGCAGUCCCCUCGAUGGAGCUCAGCAGAGAAAAAGGCAAAGGACUACGAACUGCGUCAGUACGAGACAGCCAAGUGGGUCAGCACAGUCAUUAGGGGAGAAACCCAGAAGGAAGCAAUGCGCCAGGGCUUCUGGAAACUCUUCCACUACAUCCAGGGAAAGAAUGAAAAAGAAAUGAAGAUUGAUAUGACUGUGCCAGUGACCUGCCUGGUAAAAUCAGGCUGCACAGACUUCAAGAUCUCUUUCUUUGUGCCAUUCGAACACCAGGACAGCCCCCCCCAGCCCACUGACUCUGAUGUGUUCAUUGAGGAACGGAAGGCAGCAGCUCUCUUUGUCCGGUCCUUUGGUGGAUUUGCCUCCCCAGAGAAGUAUGCUGAGGAAGCUGAUGCCUUGGCCAGAACCUUAAGAAACAGAGGCCAACCAUUCCAUGAAGAUUUCUUUUAUACUGCAGGCUAUGACAGUCCCUUCAAGCUCUUUAACAGGCAUAACGAAGUGUGGUAUUUUAAAAAGUAACCCUCUGGGGGAUGUUAAGAGGGUACUAAUCAGCUCUGGAUGAAAACAGACCAUAUUAUUGGCUUGUGUUUUAGUGCAGAAGAGAUUUAACUUGCAUGUAGACACAAUGUCCAAAUUUAUUUUCUCUAGGAUGAAUAACUUUUCUGGAUAAAAACAUUUCAAAAUGUAAUUCAAGAUCAUAUCAGGUGGAGCAGGCAGGAAACAUAACUUACUCCUUUUACUGAAAGCAACACUAAUCAUGUGAAAAUAAUCCUGCUGAAGUUUAGGUACAUAGCACUAGUUGAAGUGUUAUGGAAAGGAAGUUCUUCAUAACUGACUUUCAUAAGCUGACUCCUCAUACUGACAUCACUCCUGAGACCAGGGAGGAAUUUAAAUAAAUUUUUCAGAAGAAGCAAGCUUCCAUUAAGGAGCAUUAGAAAACAGAACUAUCUUAGCAGGCCUUAAGGACUCUAAUUAUUUGUAUUAUCAAAAUCUCCCGCCCCUCCAACUUUUCCCUUAUGAAGAUCAAAUAUUGUUUUGUUUAAAUCCAGAAUCCUUGGAAAAGAUUACCAAGUCCAGGCUGUACACUUGUUCUGAGAGGAUCUGCACCUGAACCUGUAUUACCAAGAUUACUGCUGGACUAUUACUUCAGUAAGCAAGUAUUAAGUUUAGCAGUCUCCUUAAAACACUUGAAAUACUAUUGAAGUUAUUUAGCUUUGCCUAAAAUAUGGUCACUUGCAGCCUGCACACCAGCAGUAUUUGACACCUCAGUUAAGACACUUGCAGGACAAGCCAUCUAGCCUAGUUUAGUCUCUGCUCUAAAUUUAGCAUUUAAAAUUCUAAUAUAGCAGCCUGGAGGUGUUUUGCAUCGAGUUGUUCCAGACAGAAAGGAGGUCACAACAUCAGGUAGAGUUUACAGAUUUUUAUUCACUCCAAUCAGCAUCAGGCAAACAUUACCAGUGAGGUAAAAACACAUGGCUUUUUUAAUGCUGUUCAUUCAAGUGUAACCCAUUUAUCAGCCAUCUUCCACCUAUUAAGACAGACAUAAAAACCAUUAUAAGGUACCAAACCAGCACAACAUACUUGAUGGGAACAUCUCAGACCUUAGAAUUUCAUCUCUGUUCAGUGAGAGAGUUCAAGCUAAGGUUAUCAUCACUUGUUCCAACAGAUUAUCACAGCAGUUACACUCACCUUCUCAAUUCCUCAUAUGCUAAUUUCAGAGUUGCUUCUUCACCUAAAUAAAGAAAACAGAGUUAGCAUAUGCAGCAGCACAAGUGCUAAAAGCUCCUUAACAGCUUUGUAACCUCAGAGAGAAAUGGAACGGAAAGGAUAAUAUCACAGUAACUCAUUUGGCAGAAUCAAUUUCAUCAGUGGCUACAAAUAUACCCAGAAGUUUUUAAUGCAAUUAAUUUGCUGUGUGGACUUACCCAAUGAGGCUGCAGACAGCACAGUCUCUUCCUGAGAAAGGAAGAAGUACUUUCAGAAUAACAGACAGCAGCACUAUAUGCCAAGUUCAAUUAUCUAUUAAUUUCUAUUCACCAAACUUUUACCUGAAUGGAAACUGACCUUUACCUGGCAUCUUACGAGUUCAACUUACUUCACCCAAAUACAGAAUUACUAACAUUGAAAGAAUCAGGGAAAGUAAAAAGCUAUUACUUUGUGAUACUGUCUCACCCAACAGUGUUAUAUUUAAUGGUUUUCAACAUCUAAAAUACAAGUCCCAGUUUUCAA